ACGAAGAGGACUCUCCCAAAGGGUGAAAGGCUGUGAAGCACAAGCGCCUCUCCAAAUCCCAAAACUUCCCAUUUACGCACUCUCUCUCUCUUCCCCCACGCGACAGCGCAAUGCGGUGACCAGACGGCGGAGAUGGAAGCUUCGAGAUGGUCCGACGGGUGGUCGCCGACGGGAGCGCCGGCGACGGCCUUGCAGAGAGAGGACCACUGGCGGCACUUCGACAAUUCGGUCAACGCCGUGUCGUUCGGGUUCGUCGCCACCGCCAUCCUCAUCUCCAUGUUCUUGGUCAUGGCCAUCUUCGAGCGUUUCCUCCGGACCACCUCGCCGGAGUUCUCCGCCGCCGCCGCCGGCGACCGGGGACGCCGAGGCCGCGGCGGCGGCGGCGGCGGGGACCUCGAGUCCCAGAUGGGGUUCAACCCAAAGCUUAAUUACCCUUCCCCAAAGAUGACUGUCUGCACGAGUGGUGUCUCUGUUGUUAUGCCGGGAGACAGUGUCCCGACCUUCAUCGCGCGCCCAGCUCCCGUGCCUUGCCCACCAGAACGCGUCUCGUGGCCUCUCCAUCAACAUCUUCCCUUUCCCCAUCAUCCUGCAGAGGGCACUAGCUCGAACAGAAGCUCAUCCCCCACUCAAUGACAAGCAGACACAUGAACGGUUAUUUUGCCAGGAGGAUGUGGCGAUUUACGACUGAUUCGGAGCACAAGUCGGUAACUGUUGAAAGUGGCGCUCCGAACUCGGAAGCAUGCCCGCCGGAGAUUGAGGUUGGGGUGCUCUAUAUUUUACUCCUGAGAUCUUGUAUCUGAUGUACAUAAGAUUCCACGAUUUCGAGGUUAGGCCUGUUGCCAAUUUAUUCGAGUCAUCCCGAGAAGUUGCAGAAAAGCUUUGUAAGACAUGUUGGUAAAAUGCAUCAUAGUCCAUUAUUGAUGGA